CUUGAUUUCGAUCCCGUUGUCUAUACCAAGGUCAUCAUGGUGGAUGUAAAGAAAUCUAUUGAUGCGAGGCCGUCAACGCCUGUUGAGCAUGGAGCUAUUGUUGGAACAGAUUCUCCAGCUGGGGACACAGAGUUACUGGCGACUCUGGGUUACAAGCAAGAACUCCGCCGCCACUACUCUACUGUCCAAAUCUUCGCCGUCGCCUUCAGCAUUAUGGGUCUCCUUCCUUCCAUCGCAUCAACCCUUGCCUUCUCAAUGCCCGCAGGUCCCGUCGGUAUGGUCUGGGGCUGGCUGGUAGCAAGUUGUUUUAUUUUCAUUGUCAGUCUCGCAAUGGCUGAUAUGGCUUCCGCCAUGCCUACAGCCGGUGGUCUAUAUUUCUGGACACAUUACUACUCCGCUGAAAAAUGGAAAAACCCACUCAGUUUUGUGGUGGGGUAUAGUAAUACCAUUGGAUUGAUCGGCGGUAUUUGCUCAAUUGAUUAUGGGUUCGCCAACAUGCUUCUCUCCAUGAUCUCCAUCGCGCGUGAUGGGAAUUGGUCCGCUUCUCGUCCUGUUAUCUACGGAACGUAUGUCGCCACCGUAUGCGCGCAUGGAUUUAUGGCUACAUUCUUUGGACGGGUCAUGCCGAAGAUUCAGUCUGUGUGUAUUUUUUUGAAUAUUGGACUCGUCGUUGCGACCGUUAUUGCGCUUCCUAUUGGGAAGCAUGAGAACGCGCCGCCGGUUAACUCGGGCGGGUAUGUUUUCGGUAAGGUUGAGAAUCUUACUACUUGGCCUGCUGGGUGGUCGUUCAUGUUGGCGUGGUUGUCGCCUAUCUGGACCAUCGGUGCGUUUGAUUCUUGUGUCCAUAUGAGUGAAGAGGCGACUCAUGCGGCAAGGGCUGUGCCGCUGGGCAUCAUUGCUUCGUCUGGACUGUGUGGAAUCCUUGGGUUUGUGUGCUUGGCGGUUAUUGCGGCCAGUAUGGAUACGAACAUCGAAGCGAUCUUGGACUCGAAGUUUGGCCAGCCUAUGGCUCAGAUCUACUACGAUGCUCUUGGAAAGCAAGGUGCCCUUGGCUUUAUGGCUGUGGUGGCAUCCGUCCAGUUCUUCAUGGGAUUGAGCAUUGUCCUGGCCGCGUCCCGACAAAGCUGGGCAUUCUCCCGUGAUGGCGCCCUUCCCUUUUCAUCAUUCUUCCGCAAAGUCAGCCAACACAAAUUUAUGCGCUACCAACCUGUUAACAUGAUCUGUGGCGUGGUCUUCAUCUCGGUCUUGAUCGGUCUCUUAUCCCUAAUCGACGCCGCCGCUGCCAAUGCUCUGUUCUCGCUCGCUGUCGCCGCUAAUGACCUCUCAUGGUUAACCCCCAUCUUGGCACGUCUCGUCUGGGGCGGAGAUCGCUUUGUGCCUGGCGAGUUCUAUACUGGGAAAUACCUCAGUAAGCCCAUUGCAUGGGUUGCAGUUAUUUACAUGAUCUUCGCCAUUAUACUCUGCAUGUUCCCGACUGAAGGACCAAACCCGAAUUCCGAGAAUAUGAACUAUACUGUUGUUAUCAAUGGAGCUCUUUGGCUUGGCUCUGCCCUUUACUAUGUACUUCAUGCAAGAAAGACCUUCACAGGUCCUCAGAGUACGGUUGGACCGGAGGAUGAGGGUAAGAUGGCUGAAGCGAAGGUGGAGUCGGAACAAUAGACUACGACUAAGGGG